AACAUUCCAGAUAGAUUCAGUGCUGAGUAAACUUGGAGUAACUUCUAGAACUUUCUAGAACUUUCCAGUAAUAUAAAUAGUAGUAUAAAUACAGGGGCCUUAAGCCCACCAGUUCAGUUUAGUUCCAGCUGCCUAAGUGGAUACAUAUCUGCAUUUUUCUGAGAUGGCAUCAAGAGGCUGCAAGCAUCCGGCAGACGCAUUUUGUUAUGUCUGCGGCCAAUUUAUCAAGACAAGAGCAAAAAAGUACUCUGUGGAAGCAUCUGCUAAGAUGUGUGAGGCCUACAAGGCAUAUUUCGGCAUGCCUGUCGGGGAUCAAGACAAACCCUGGGCACCUCAUUUCACCUGCGAGCACUGCAAAAAAACUCUGGAAGGAUGGUACAGAGGGGAAAAGAGAGCCAUGAAGUUUGCUAUCCCAAGAAUUUGGCGGGAACCCACUGACCACUCAAGCAACUGCUACUUCUGCAUGGUGGACCCUUCCAAGCGGACCGAGUUCUCUGUGGGGAGGAACAACGUCAAGUGGGAGCCACUGGUGGACCCCCGGAAGGUGCUGAUGCCACCACUGCACAUCAAAUUGGGCCUUAUGAAACAAUUUGUCAGAGCUCUAGAUAAGGAGUCGGCAGCCUUCAAGUACCUUCAAGACUUCUUCCCUAAGCUGUCUGAGGCAAAGGUCAAAGCCGGUGUCUUCGUCGGACCACAGAUAAAGAAGAUCCUGGAGUGCAAUGAAUUCCCCAAGAAGCUCACUAGUAAGGAGAAAGCGGCUUGGGACAGCUUUGUUGCACUGAGACUGUCUGAAGCCUACAAAUCUAGCAGAACUAUCAAAAGUGUAAAUGAACAAGUACACAACAGAACAGUCCUGCAUGAAGUUCAAACCCUUUUAAAACAAUGA